AUGACAAGCACAAAUGUCCUGAGCCCGGACCGCAUCCUGAGCCUAGCGGCCAAAGCUCUUGGUGAGAAACAACUGAGUGUCAAAACACCCGCUGAAGCUAUCGCUCUCAUCGGCCAUGCCUGCAUGGCAGCAGUGGACUUCAGGUUGGUGGGGCUCGGGGAAGAUCAUAAUCUACAAACAUCAACAGAGAGUCCCGCCCUUCCCGCAGAAUGGAACGCUAACGAUACCUUUGCCUUUCGCUACGCGCAUGCACAGUCCUCCAUGCAAUACUUGCUCAAAGUGAGCCGACUUGGCAACAAUGCGGUGGUAUUUGCACUGGCUCUAGGCGACGAUCGCACCAGCUCGUUCGAUCUUCCUACCAAAGAUUAUAUCUCCGGGUCUGCUCUCCCGUUGCAGCCCACAGACAAUCUCACAGGUGCUCUCCGCGAUAUUUUCAUUUCUCACGCUCGAUUGAACGAUCUCGUCGGACUUUUCAAGAUCAACGUGAUCCAGAAACUCGCCCCCGGGCUGUACAAGGAAGGCUACGAGGAUUCAAAUCAAGCACCUCGUGGACAAACUGGAGCCAGUCGGCCCCGAGAUCCCCUCCGAGAUGAUUUCCCACAACCGGCUCGUCCCUACCCCUUUGAUGACCCCUUGGCUGCCGCACCUCGUCGACCCAAUCCACCUGGAGACUUUGCCCCGCCCGGGUUCGAGGACGAGUUUGAAAUAAAUCGCCCUCCGAGAGGAUAUCCCCCAGGUUUCCCAGGAGGGAGAAGCCCGUAUAAUAUUGGAGACCGAGAUCUCUAUCCCCCGGGACUUGGGCCUCACGACCCGCUCCGGGGCACCAUGGGUCCUGGCUUUGGGUCUGGUGGCGGGAUGCACCCGACUUUCCACGAUCCUCUUUUCGGAGGAUCUGGCGGAGUGGGUGGAUAUGAUCCUCGUGCACCACCUGGAGCGAGAUACGAUCCUCCUGGACCGGGUCAGCCACCGAUGGGCGGUAACCGAGGACCCUUCGGUGGAGGAUCGGGCGGCGGCUUUGGUGGCUUUGGGGGUGGCUUUGGCGGCGACAUUAUCUGA